UUUUAAACAGAAAGUUUUUGUGAUUUUUUUACGAAAAUAAUGAACAAUAAAUAUUUAUAGUUCAGUUUUUGAACAAAAUGGAACGAAUCGCUAUUUUGGUUGUAUUUGCCUUCAUAUUCACCUGCCUUCAAUAUACCUCAGCAGAAGAAACAGUUCUAUCAGAAGUAUUAACACCAACGACCGAGAAUGAAAAUGACAAAUUAAAAAGACAAAGUAGAAGUUACUACGACUAUCGGUAUGGAGCACCACGACCUUUGUACGAUAGACUAGAAUACGGGAGACAGGAUUAUGACAGGCCACGAUGUGGUAGAUGUGACGAUCGUAGAGACGACCGCGAUGAUAGAGAUGACGACUACGACAGACGAGACCGUUAUGACGAUGACAGACGCGGACACAAACCAACAUAUGGCAACAGAUACGACAGUAAAAAGAACUAUGACAGCGACGAAGACAGGUAUUCCGACAGAAAGAACAACCAAAAGAACGGAACAGAAGAAGAAAAUGGAGACAAUAAGAGUGGAUAUGAUGAUAAGGAUAGCAGACCAAGCGGUAGUCGACGAGGAAGCGAUAGAGACAGAGAUCGAGACCGUGGAAGAGACAGGGACCGCGAUAGGAGACGAGGUGGAGACAGAUACGAUGACAGGGAUAGAUAUAGGCCAGACUAUUACGACAGAUUCCUAAGAGAUCCUUAUAGAGAAAGAGAUUACUAUGAUGACUAUAGAGGAAGACGACCAUCGUAUGAUAGGUACUAUCCUAGUUAUGAUGAUGGCCUUAGCAGAUACGAUCCCUAUGGAUACGCAGGCGUCAGAAGACCAGUGUACGAUGAUAGAGGCUAUGAUGAUGGAUACGGUGGAUACGGACCAACUACUGGCAGGGGAGCACAUGACAGGCCUUGGGACGAGACCUACCGUGGUCAGGCAGGGUGGGAUGCAGGUGGCAGGGGCUACUACUUCGCAUCAGGCAGGCCUGAUGCUGCGCCUGCUUCUGGUUGGGGACGACCUGAAUACUCCAGACCACAAGACGCCUACCAAAGUAUAGGAGGUUAUUCAGGAGGCUACAGCGGAACAUAUCGCGAUCCAUACGCACAAGUGUCAAGCGGCUAUAGUCAAGGCUACGGCCAGGGCGCCAGCUACGGCCAGGGCGCUGGUUAUGGCCAGAGUGGCUAUGGACAGAAUGCAGCUGCUUAUGGAGCGAGCUUCGCUGGUGGCGUCAAAAAGUUAGAGAACCGAGACAACUACAACCAGGAUUCUAAACGCAAUCAGAACAGCUACGAGCCAUCUAGCCGUCAGCCGGCCAACUAUGGUCAAACGGCUAACUAUGGCCAGACAGGCUAUCAGCAAGGCUACGGUCAAAGCAGCAGCACGACUCCUGCCACCAGCUACCUGUUCCAAAGAGAUGAUGAACAGGUCACUGUGAAGACUAAUGAGACUACCAAGCAGCCGUCUUAGACUUUCAUUUGUGUUCUUUUUAUAUUUCAUGGAUGACUUAAGAUUUUAGAGU